CGGACUGCCAGCAUCACGACUGAGUCGGCUACUGAGUAAGCUCACUCGCUCGCACUGGAAAACGUGGGUGGCUGUGUGUAAUGGCUCUUCUCCUCGCCUCGUGCGCGCUUGGAUACCAGCACUGGACCGGUUCUGCUCUCGAGCAGGCUCUCGCCUCUUCGUCCGACCAUCUCGCCCCGACCAUCAGCCUCAUCAGUGAGCCAGCGCCGCUUGCAGAGCGCACUCCAGUCGUGAUGCUGCAUGGCAUGGGCGACAGCGGCACAAACCCCGGUAUGCGUUCUCUGUGCGACACCGCAUCGGGAAAGUAUCCGGGGCUCCACGUCGUGUGCUCCACCGUUGCGGACGGCGCCGCGUCCAUCACGACCACUCUUGACAAGCAGAUUGAAGAGUUCACCGCCAGCGUCCGUGCAGACGCGAAGCUGGCCAACGGCUUCACCGCGGUCGGUCUGAGUCAGGGCAACCUCGUGCUGCGCGGCUACAUCCAGCGCGUCAACGACCCUCCCGUGCACAAGUUCAUCUCCAUGUGCGGGCCGCACAACGGCGUGGGCACAUGCCCGGACAACGUCCUCUACAAGCUCAUCUGCCCGCUCUGGCGGCUCGACUCGUAUGGCGCGCCGAUCGCCUUCAGCGACUACUGGAAGGACGUUGCUGACAAGGCAACCUACCUCAAAAAAAGUCGCUGGCUCGCCGACAUGAACAACGAGCGGGAGGCCAAGAAUGUCACCUACGUCAAGAACCUAAAGAGCCUGACGCAGCUCGUCUUCGUCGAGGCGCUGCAGGACACGAUGGUGGUGCCUCACGCGUCCGAGACGAUGGGCUUCUGGGCCUGGGGGUCGCCCGGCUCGGUGGUGCCGCUCAACGCGACCACGGCGUACAAAGAGGACUGGCUUGGGCUCAAGGCGAUGGCGGAGACGAAGAAGCUCGUGACGUACAGCUACCAGGGCGAGCACCUCCGCUGGUCAAGCGCCUUUUGGGACCAGACGAUCCUGCCCUUCCUCGCCGACUAAGUAAGUUCUAGGCGCUUUCCACAUACACCGCGGGCGCCAAGUUGUUGCUUGUUCGCUCGUCGAGGUGAGUUGAGAGUCAGAGUGCACACGCUGAAAUUCACGUUUCUCACCGAGCUGUGCGAUGUGUGGUGCGGACUGCGGUGUCCUGUGUGCGUGACGUUGGUCGUUGCGUCUGGUUCUGUGCGUAAAAUAUGUGGGUUGUUCGCGCUAAGCGAGGUGUGUGCUUUUACUGUGUAGAGUGAU